CACACACACACACACACACACACGCGCGCACGCACACGCCCUCCCCGGUCCCGGUCCGGGUCCCGGCCACGGCCACGGCCAUGGCCACGGGCAGGCAGCGCCCACGAUUUGAAAGAAGCCAACUGUGAACCACAGAUAUACAAGAAGAUCAUCCUUUACAAGUAGAAAUUACCAUGGUUGACACAGAGAUGCCAUUCUGGCCCACCAACUUCGGAAUCAGCUCCGUGGACCUCUCUGUGAUGGAUGACCACUCCCACUCCUUUGACAUCAAACCCUUCACCACUGUUGAUUUUUCCAGCAUUUCUGCUCCACACUAUGAAGACAUUCCAUUCACAAGAGCUGACCCAAUGGUUGCUGAUUAUAAAUACGACCUGAAGCUCCAAGAAUAUCAAAGUGCAAUCAAAGUAGAACCUGCAUCUCCACCUUAUUAUUCUGAAAAGACCCAGCUCUACAACAGGCCCCAUGAAGAGCCUUCCAACUCCCUCAUGGCCAUUGAGUGCCGUGUCUGUGGAGAUAAAGCUUCAGGCUUUCACUAUGGGGUUCAUGCUUGUGAAGGAUGCAAGGGGUUUUUCCGAAGAACCAUUCGAUUGAAGCUUAUUUAUGAUAGAUGUGAUCUUAACUGUCGGAUCCACAAAAAAAGUAGAAAUAAAUGUCAGUACUGUCGGUUUCAGAAAUGCCUGGCUGUGGGAAUGUCUCAUAAUGCCAUCAGGUUUGGGCGGAUGCCACAGGCCGAGAAGGAGAAGCUGUUGGCGGAGAUCUCCAGUGAUAUCGACCAGCUGAACCCAGAGUCUGCUGAUCUCCGGGCCCUGGCAAAGCAUUUGUAUGACUCAUACAUAAAGUCCUUCCCGCUGACCAAAGCCAAGGCGAGGGCGAUCUUGACAGGAAAGACAACAGACAAAUCACCAUUUGUCAUAUAUGAUAUGAAUUCCUUAAUGAUGGGAGAAGAUAAAAUCAAGUUCAAACACAUCACCCCUCUGCAAGAGCAGAGCAAAGAGGUCGCCAUCCGCAUCUUCCAGGGGUGCCAGUUUCGCUCUGUGGAAGCCGUGCAAGAGAUCACAGAGUAUGCCAAAAGUAUCCCUGGUUUUGUAAACCUUGACUUGAAUGACCAAGUAACUCUGCUCAAAUAUGGUGUCCAUGAGAUCAUCUACACCAUGUUGGCCUCCCUGAUGAAUAAAGAUGGAGUUCUCAUAUCAGAGGGCCAAGGAUUCAUGACCAGGGAGUUCCUCAAGAGUCUGCGGAAGCCCUUUGGUGACUUUAUGGAGCCCAAAUUUGAAUUUGCUGUGAAGUUCAAUGCACUGGAAUUAGAUGACAGUGACUUGGCCAUAUUUAUAGCUGUCAUUAUUCUCAGUGGAGACCGCCCAGGCUUGCUGAAUGUGAAGCCCAUUGAGGACAUCCAGGACAACCUGCUGCAGGCCCUGGAGCUCCAGCUGAAACUGAACCACCCUGAGUCCUCACAGCUGUUUGCCAAACUGCUCCAGAAAAUGACAGACCUCAGACAGAUUGUCACAGAGCACGUGCAGCUAUUGCAUGUGAUCAAGAAGACGGAGACGGACAUGAGCCUGCACCCCCUGCUCCAGGAGAUCUACAAGGACUUAUAUUAGCAGAGAAGUCCACCCCACUGACAACAUGUUCCUUCCUCCAAUUGCACUAUUAUUUUGAGGGAAAAUCUGACACCUAAGAAAUUUACUGUGAAAAGCAUUUAAAAACUAAAGGUUUUAGAAUAUGAUCUAUUUUAUGCAUAUUGUU